AUGUCCCUCGUUUGCGACGCUUGCCAAAAAGGCAUUUUGCCAGAUGGUCGACUGAUGACAUGCUCAGUUUGCGAGCAUAACUAUCAUCUGGGGAAAAUGUGCUCAGGCAUUGCCGAGUCCACGUUUACUGCCAUGAGCCCCGACAAAAAAGAAAAAUGGAGAUGUAAAGUUUGCCGUUCUAAGAACAAUCGUGCUGAUCUAGAUGGGGUAGAUGCUAGCUCUGACUCGAUUUCGUCCUGCGAUUCCACGACACUCGCGGCGCAAAUCCUAACCAUCAACGAAAAGCUAGAUUCAUUACUUUCUCUGAAGGCUAGUGUAAAUUUACUUCUCGAGCUUCCUGCAAAGGUGAAUGAGCUUUUGCUCCUCAAGCCUACCAUAGAUCUCAUGAGAGUGACGGUGGAGGAGGUCCAAACAUCCAUUUCUUUCCUUGGAACGAAAUACGAUAGCCUCCUCGCCACGGUGUCUGCUCAUGCGACCGACAUGAACGAGCUGCGUACGGAAGUAGCUUCUCUGAAGGACACGGUUUGCGAACAGGCACAUACUAUCCAAAGCCUCCAGACCGAGCUGAACGACGCUGACCAACGCGGUCGCCAACAUAUUAUGGAAAUUCAUGGAAUGACCGUCAAACCCGACGAGGCGCUCCCUUCCAUCUUAGCGGGGCUGGCAGACAAGCUAGGAAUUCCGGGACAUCAACCAGCUGAUGUCGUCUCGGUCUUCAGGCUACCAGGCAAACGAGCUAUAAAACCACCUAUUUUGGUCAAGUUUACAUCUGUAGCCACUAAAGACAAAUGGAUGCAAGCUCGUAGUAAGCUCAGAUUUAAGAAAGACACAUUUAGACAUACUCUCCUUGGCAUGAAGCUGGAGCGGAAUAAAAUGAUAUACUUGAAAACAAUGGUCGUACGCAUACAAUGA